AUGGCGGCCGAGGACGAGGUGUUCGUGGGCAGCAUCGACCAGGGCACCACCAGCUCGCGCUUCCUCAUCUUCGACAAGGCCGGAGAGCCGGUCGCCGUGCACCAGGAGGAGUUUAGCCAGAUUUACCCCAACCCCGGGUGCCAUGAGCACGACCCCGAAGAAAUCGUCAGGUCGGUGGAGAACUGCAUAGAAGGAGCGCUCAAGAUUUUUGAAAAGGCCGGCCACUCCAAAGAGAGCAUCAAGGCCAUUGGCAUCACCAACCAACGGGAAACGACCGUGUGCUGGGACAUCAAGACCGGCAAGGCCCUCUACAACGCCAUUGUGUGGACCGACACGCGCACCGCCGCCCUCGCCCGCGAGCUCAAGGCCCGCCCCGGCGCGGACAAGGUGCUCGACAUCUGCGGCCUGCCCAUCUCCACCUACCCCUCCGUCACCAAGCUGCUGUGGAUGAUCAAGAACGUCGACGCCGUCAAGCAGGCCUUUGAAGCGGGCAACCUGGCCUUUGGCACCAUCGAUGCCUGGCUGGUGUACAAGCUGAACGGCGGCACGGAGAACAACGUGUUUGUCUCGGACUGCACCAACUCCAGCCGCACCAUGUUCAUGGACAUCCGCACGCUGAAGUACAGCGAGGAGAUGCUCGAUUUGUUCUCCUACGAGUUCGACCUGCGCAAGGUGCAUAUGCCGGAGAUUGUGCGGUCGGCGGAUAGCAAGGCGUUUGGCAAGAUGGCGUCGGGGUCUUUGAAGGGCUGGCCGAUUACCGGCGUCCUGGGUGAUCAAUCUGCUGCUUUGGUCGGGCAAAAGGGUUAUGAGCCGGGUUCGGCGAAGAACACGUACGGCACUGGAUGUUUCCUGCUCUACAACGUGGGCGAGAAGCCGGUCAUUUCGAAGCAUGGGCUUUUGGCGACGAUUGCGUUCCACUUUGAUGACAAGCCGGUUUAUGCAUUGGAGGGCAGUAUUGCGGUUGCUGGCAGUGGAGUCAAGUUCCUCAUGAGCAAUCUCGGGUUCAGCGAGAAAUCGCACAAAAUCACCGAGCUGGCAGGCACGGUCAAGGACAACGGAGGUCUCGUCUUUGUGACGGCGUUCAGCGGGCUCUUUGCACCUUAUUGGAUUGACGAUGCUCACGGCACAAUGUUCGGUAUAACACACCACACCGAACGAGGGCACAUCGCACGCGCAACCCUCGAAGCAGUCUGCUUCCAAACAAAAGCCAUCCUCGACGCAAUGGAGCUGGACAGCGGGCACAAGCUCGCGCAGCUCAACGUCGACGGCGGCAUGUCCAACUCGGCGCUGUGCAUGCAGACGCAAGCCGACCUGGUGCGCAUCCCCGUCAUCCGGCCGAAGAUGAGCGAGACGACGGCGCUGGGCGCGGCGAUUGCCGCCGGCUUCGCCACGGGCGUGUGGAAGAGCUUUGACGAGCUGAAGGAGGUGAAUACCAAGGGGCAGACGGUCUUUGAGCCGCAGAUGGACGAGGCGAGCAGCAAGAAGAUGUUUGGGCGGUGGGGGCGGGCGGUGAAGAUGUCUAAGGGCUGGUUGGCGGAGGAGGGCGAAGAGGCGGAG